AAUGGCACUCUGGUCUACACGCAUCGGACGCUGUAAGCCAAGGUUGUUAAAACAUUGUCAAACAACACAUUUGAAACUGAGUAGCAUCGAUUGUUUACAUUCUACGAGAAGAUCGCAAACGAACACAACAACACAGCGCGGUCAAUAAACAAUAGAAGCAAGUGUACCGGCGGGGGGGAACAAGUGAGGUGUAAAAAUGAGGUGACAAUCGGAGCUUGCCGUAGAAAGUUCUUAAGUAAAACAUAUUCCGUAUAGGAAAAAAAAUCCUUCAUCAGCGUUUGUUGUGAAAAAAAGAAGAAAGUGAUAAGCCUUAACCCCCACAUCUACCUCACGAAAACUCGUCAGCGAAAUGGACACUUUUGUGGAACAUUUUCAUGACCGGCAGGAUGUGGAGCGGAUGCAGUACGAACUGUUCGGGCGGACGGGAUUGAAGGUGUCGAAGGUUUCCUUUGGAACGGGGACCUUUAGUCAGCUUUACGGUGACCUCGAUGAGGCGGAAGCACUGGAAGCGGUUAAGCUAGCCGCCAAGCGCGGUAUAAACUACUUCGAUACAGCCCCUUUCUACGGGCAGGGUCGUUCGGAAGAGGUGCUCGGAAAAGCGUUACGGCAAAUACCACGCCAAGCGUACUAUGUCGCCACCAAAGUCGGACGCUACGAACGAGAGUUCGAGCGAAUGUUUGACUACGGUGCGGCUAAAACGCGUGAAAGUGUGGAGCGUAGCUUAAAGCUGCUCGGAGUCGAUUACAUCGAUGUGGUGCAGAUUCAUGAUGUAGAGUUCGCCCCCGACCUAGACACCGUUGUGCGCGAAACACUUCCAACGCUGGAAGCUUUACGAGGCGAAGGAAAGCUACGCUACAUCGGCGUGUCCGCCUAUCCGCUAGAUGUGUUGAAGGAAAUCAUCUCGCGUGCUCCGGGUCGGUUCGAUACCGUACUGUCCUACUGUCGAAACACUCUGUUCGAUGAUGCGCUGAAAGGGUACAUUCCAUUCUUUAAGGCAAAUAAGUUGGGAAUUAUUUGUGCGUCCGGCCAUGGUAUGGGACUGCUUACGAACGGUGGCCCACAACCGUGGCAUCCGUCGGAUCAGCAAAUGAAGCUGGUUUGCAGGGAAGCGGCAGAUUACUGCGCACGGGAAGGCGUUGAACUUGGCAAGCUGGCUAUGCACCACUGCAUCCAAAUGGCCGGUCCGGCCACUUUUCUGGCCGGUAUGCAAACUACGACACUGGUUGACAUCAAUCUGGACGCCUACUUCAAUGGACUGUCGGGGAAGGAGGCUGAAGUUCUGGCGUACCUUAAAGAGCGGGUAUUUUCCAAAAUAAGCAACACGCACUGGGAAGGUGUCGAGCUGAAAGCGUACUGGGCCGCUAUGAAAGAAGCCAAACUGUAAAAUUUGAAAGCAUGGCGGGGACCCUUCAGCAACACCUUAGCCACUCGUUGCAGUCAUAAAAAUAAAUGUUCACAUUUUUCCAAUUUUUAA